GUUAGCUUGCAAGUGGUGGGAAUGGAUAUCGCCCUUGUGGUUGGCAAGGUUCUCAAACAGGAGCAAAUCACGACUGUGGUUGGCAAAGACUGCAGACUAUUCUCUGACGACGGAAGGUCCGAAAUCUGUCGAUUUGAAUUCGUGACUGGGAUUCGAAUCGGCCAGCGCUUGAGGAAGAAUGGUGUACAGCCGAAGCCUCCUUGCUCUGGGAGUGAAGACCGUCACCUUGGUUGCUCGACAUUGCAGUGAAUUGCAGGCCGCGGGCGGAGAAUUUAGAGUUUCGAAAUUUGCUGCUCAUAGAGCCCAUUCUCAGCUAUGGACGCCUUUUUGGACACAAGUGAAUCGCAUGUCCUGCUGUGCGAAGGUGGAUCUUCCUCCUCCCACUGAGGUGACUGUGGAGUAUCACGACAAACCAGAAAUGACUGACUACUUCAUUGAACUUGCGGACGGCAUCGAAAACGCACACCCCGAUAUUAUGGUCACUGGAAAUCCCGAAGGCAUGCAACCGAGGGAUGGGGCGUUUGAAGUUACCACCGGUGCAUACGUUCUGUUCUCUAAAUUGAAGGAAAAUCGGCUUCCCAGCCUGGAAGAUAUCCUACGUGCUAUUGACGAAAGACCAACUCAAGCUUUGAGUUGCGAACUGGAGAAUGGAGAAAGAGCUGCGAAUGUAUAGGCCCAGCCAGUCAUGCAGCUAUUCGCUCAGAAGAUUGGAGAAUUGUCGUUAUUCUUCCCAUAUUUUUUAGUCAGCAGUAAGCAACUUUGUACGUCUGGAACUUAACUUUUGUAUCAUAAUAAUAGGAGACAAGGUGUAUUGCUAAAUGAAUGUGACACCCUAAUGUACAAGAUGUUCUUUCAGAUGUGGCUUUGGCAUUUUCUGUCUGUCCCAAGGAUUUGUUAACCUACAGGUUAGACUCUGUAAGGGUAAAUUGGAAACUCGAAGUAUAGGAAUUUUAUUGGAACAGUAGAACCGUUUUUUGGGCUCGUGAGACGAGAUCACGGUCCGAAGACCUUCCGUUCGUAGAUGCGUAGCCUGAUCCGUCUCAGUAAAAUAUCUUCAGCAGGUGACAACUUCGCUCUACUUCCUCGUGACCAAUUUCAUUUCGU